CCCGGUUUGAAAGUGCUAACAGCAGCAGGUUUGUCCAUGAACACCUACAUGUGCGUGUUUACGGGUCCGUUUGCUCAGUUGAACUUUUUAAAGUGUUUCAAUGUUCGUCGUUGUUUGGCGGGUUGUGAGAGCAGCUCGCGCAGCAGCAGGUACGAACUUCACCUUCGCUUCCGUUUGUUCCCCUGCUGUUAGCAUGCUAACGGGAGCUAGCGGGAGCUAACGGGAGCUGCGCUAAAGUUUAUCCCGGGUUAUUCUCUAAUGAACCGCUUCUCUGCAGCAGUUUCACAUCAGUCGUAGUUGGAACCGGUUCUGUCCGGGUCUCGAACCUGCGAGCAGCCGCUGCCAGAGUCUCAGAGGUCGACCUGUCAGCAUGGAGCCGCAGCUGCUGAUUGGGUGGCAGCAGGAGAAGGCGGAGCUUAAACGGGAAGUGUGUCGUCUGCAGGAGGAGCUGGCGGAGAGUCGAGCGGAGAGAGAGGAGCUGGAGUCCAGGAGCAGAGCUCUGAAAGACAGGCUGCGCCAGUCAGUGUCUCCCUCGCUCGCCCUCUCUCUGCAGGUGGAGGGUGAGCAGAGGGAGUGGAGGAGGAGGGUGAGGGAGGGGAGAGAGAGGGAGGCCAGACAGGCUCUGCUCAUCCACCGACUGCAGAACAAGGUUCUGGAGUACAGAGACCGAUGUCAACAUGUGGAGCUGCAGCUGCAGGAGGAGCACACACAGCUGCUCAACACCGAGAGGAGGAUCAGAGAUGAACACAGUGACUCUCUGGAGAGCGCCCUCAUCAGGCUGGAGGAGGAACAACAGAGGUCAGUCAGUCUGGCCGACACAAACGCUCUCCUCCGGGAGCGGCUCAGCCAAUCAGAGCAGGCCAACCAGGCCCUGAGGGAGGACCUCCAGAAGCUGACAUCUGAUUGGACAACAGCUGUGGAGGAGGCGGAGCAGAAAGAAGAUGAUUGGCAGAGAGAGCGGGAGUGUCGGUCCGGUCACGUGGGUCAGCAGCAGGCUCGGCUGCUGUCGGUCUGGAGGUCUGUGGUCGCUCUGAGGCGACACUGUCACACCGUCAGAACGGCCGCCGACAGGGACCUGUGGCAGCUGAGGGCGGAGUUCUCUCGUCUCUCCUCCUCUCUCCUCUCCAGCUGCGACUCUGUCUCCUCCUCCCUGAGGCUCAGCGCUCCUCCCGACAAACCUUCCUCCUCCUCUCAUCCUCCUCUGUCCUCCACCAUGGUUCAUCCUCCUCCGGAUUCCUCGCCGGCUGUUCCUCCCCUCAUCUCCUCCUCCAGCCUGGGAACUUUGAGUCUGGGAGAGCUGGAGAUCAAGGAGGAGGAGGAGGAGGAGGAGGAGGAGGAGCAGCGAGAGAUUUCAGAGUUGAAGCUUCUUCAUGAGACCAAAGUUCUGCAGCUGAAUGAACGGGUUGCGGAGCUCUCUCGCUCGCUGCAGGUGGAGGACAGGCAGAGGGAGGAGAGAGAGAGAGAGGUAGAGAGACUAAGGGAAACAGAGAGGAGCCUGCAGUCUGUCAGUCAAGCUGUGAUCAAGCUGUCCAGAGUCCUGAGCAGCAGCAGCAGCAGCCGGUCUGUGUGCGUCUCCUCAGACGGCGUCCUGGGUCUGGACCUGUCCUCCCUGCUGUCCGUCCUGUCUCAUGCUGAGAGCUCCCUGCAGUGGAGACACGAGGAGCUGCAGGGGGCGGAGCUAUCUCUACGGCGGCUCGGCGAGGAGAAGGCGGCUCUGCAGCGCCGACUGAAACAGCUGGAGGACGACAACCAGCAGCUGCACGCACACACACAACACACACAGCUGGAGCUCACACACACUGUGGACACACUGAGCAGGGAGCGGGAGGCGGCGUCCUCGCUGCGCCUGCAGGUGGACGAGGUGCAGCGGAGGGAGGAGGAGCUUCAGAGGGAAAACGAGCGUCUGAGGAGGGAGAGGGACCGACAGGAGGAGAGGAGCAGACAGCUGGAGACGGAGACACACAGACGAGUUGAAACGGAGCUGUUGGAGAGCGUCCAGCUGACUGAGAGAGAAACUCUGCAGCGUCUGGAGCUCCACGCUCUGAAGGGGGCGCUGGAGAGGCAGCAGCUGGACAGACAGAGAGCAGAAGAAGAGGCCGCCGACGCCAGAGACGCCCUGCAGAAGUCCAGGGAGGGUGUGUUGCGUCUCUCGUCCUCAGAGUGCGUGUUGAAGCGGGAGGUGGAGGAGGGACGUGACGCUCUCGACAAGAUGGCCGCCCUGAACUCGGCUCUGGCCUCAGACAAGAGAGAGCUGAACAAACAGUUGCUGCAGCUGGAGUGCGAGCUGUCAGACAGCCAAUCACAGCUGCAGGCUCUGAGGUCAGAGGUCAGCUCUCUGCAGAGAGAGGUCAAAACCCUCAACAUGGACUGCAGCCAGCUCAGAGCGCAGAGAGGGGCGGAGGACGACAUUGUCCGUCAGCUGAGAGAAAGUGAGAGAGCAAUGGAGAGAGUAAUCGAGGAGAAGGAGAGUCAGUUGGUCUCCCUGAUGGAGGAGAGAGAGAGGGAUGGAAGUCAGCUGGAGGAGCUGUCCUCCCAGCAUGCCUCUGUGUGCGGGGAGCUGAAGGAGGCACAGGAGCAGCUGCGUCAGGCGGUGGAGGAGGUGAGAAGGAGAGACAGGCAGCAGGAGGAGCAGCAGAGAGAGAGCAGGAGGCUGCAAGAGGAGCAGGACAGUGUGCAGAGACACAGGGAGCAGCUGCAGGAGGAGCUGCAGGAGCUCAGGUCUCUGUCGGUGUCUCUCCACCAUCAGCUCAGUCAGCAGCAGAAGCAGCUCUCCCAGUCAGAGGUGGACAGGUGUCAGCUGCAGACACACAUCUACGCUCUGCAGCAGGCCAAGGAGGCGCUACACGGGGAGGUCGAGUGUCUGAGAGGAGAGCUGGAGAGAGCGUCGGCCAGGAGAGAAGACGAGAGAGAGAGGAGCGAGGAGAAGGAGGAGAGGGACGCGCUGAAAGAGGAGAUGGAGAAGCUGAAGGAGGAGGCAGAGGAGCUGAGGAGGAGGAGGAUGGACGAGGAAAAGGAGAAGGAGGAGGAGAGGGAGGCCUGGCAGAGAGAGAGGGAGGCUCUGAGCGAGGAGCUGGGGACGAGGGACGGAGAGGUGGAGGCGCUGAGGAGGCGCAUAGAGGGACUGACAGAGGAGGAGGAGGAGAGACUAAGAGAGGCGGAGAGACUGAGGGAGGAGGUGACUGAGAAGGAGGCACAAAUCAGCCACAUGAUGGACAGAAUACAGCAGGCGGAGGGAAUGGAGGAGGAGGUGAAGAGGACGGAGGUUAGGUUUAAAGAGGAGGAGGUGAGGAGGAACGGAGAGAUUGAGGCGCUCUGCGACCAGAUGGAGAGAUUAGAGAGAGAAAAGGAAGAGAGGGAGGAGGAGAUGGAGCGACUGAGGAGUGAAGCACAAGAGGAGGUCGAGAGAUGGAGGAGGAGGGUGGAUGAGGUGGAGGAAGAGAUUUACAGACUAAAAGAAGAAAACUCUGAACUGAAGGAAGGCAGAGAGGAGGAGAGAAGAGAGAAGGAGAGACUGCGAGGCGAAAAGGAGGAGGUGGAGGAGGGGCUGUUGGAGAAGCUGGGGGAGGUGGAGCUGCUGAAGGUGAGGUUGAAUGUGGCCAAGGAGGAGUGUGAGGAGGUGAAGGAGGAGGUGGAGCGGAAGGAACGUAGCCUGGAGCGACAGAUGAGCGCCGUGAGGGAGAAGGAGGAGGAGGUGGAGGAGCUGAAGGAGUGCCUGAGGCUGGCGGAGGAGCAGGAGGAGGAGGGAGCGAGGGAGUGUCAGGAGGCGAACGACAAACUGAAGCAAAAGGAGGCGAGGGCGGAGCAGCUGGAGGCGCUGCUGAAAGAAACCCGGGCGCUCCUGGAGAAAGAGAGGAGGGAGGGAGGAGAGAAAGACAACAGGUUCUCCUCCCAGGCCAGGGAGCUGCAGGAGGCCCGGGCCGAGAGCGAGGGAGCGAGGAGGAAAGUCAGAGAGAGGGAGGAGGCCCGCGACAGGAUGGAGGAGGAGGUGAAGGAGUGGAGGGAGAAGGCAGAGCGAAGCGCUAGGGAGGUGGAAAAACUCAAUCAUAUCCUGAAGGAUCAAGGGGAGGAGGUGCAGCAGCUGAGAGCCACGCUGGAGGAGAAAUGGGAGGAGGGGAGAGAGUGGGAGGCGCUGAGGAGAUCGGAGGUGGAGAGGAGGAGGAGGCUGGACAACAAGCUGACAGAGCUAGAGGAGGAGAAAGGGAAACUGGAGGAGAAAGUAAGGCAGGUGGAGGAGGAGCGGGAGGAAGAGAGGGAGGCACUGAGGAGAGCCAGGGAGGAGAGGAGCAGGUUUCAGGACAGAUGUGCAGAGAUUGAAAAGGAGGCGCAGGAGCAUAGAGAGGAGCUCAGGACGACAGUGGAGGAGAAGAGGAGGCUGGAAAACAAACUGAAGAAGACAGAGGAGGGGAGGAGGGGAGAUGAGGAGGUUUUGAGGAGGGUGAGGGAGGAGAAGAGGAGGUUGGAAGAUGAACUGAUAGAGAAGGAGAAAGAAAUCAAGGGACAGAGGGAGGUGCUGAGAAUUAAAGAGGAGGAGAAGAAGAGGUUGGAGGAUGAACUAAGGGAGGAAAAAGAGGAGCAAGGGAGAUUAUUGGAGGCUGAGAGAGGCCAGCACCUCCUGGUGCAGGAGAAAGGGAGGUCCAGAGUGACGGAGCUGGAAGAGGAGAAGGCAGGACUGUCGGUCGAGCUGAGAAGGAGGGAGAGGGAGGUGACAGCUCUCAGAGAGGAGGUGCAGAGGGAGAGGGAUACUGCUCAGGAGGAGCUAAGGAGGAGGAAAGAGGAGGUGUCUGUACUCAAAGAGGAGGUAGCAAGGGAACAAAGGGAGAAGGAGAAGAUAGAGGAGAAGCUGAGGAGGACUGAGAAGGAGGUGACAGCUCUCAGUGGGGAGGUGAAAAAGGAACAAAGGGAGAAGGAGGAGAUGACUGUCCUCAAAGACAAGGUACAGGAGGAGCUGAGGAGGAGCAAGAGGGAGGUGUCUGUACUUAGAGAGGAGGUAGACACAAAACAAAGGGAGAAGAGUGAGGCACAGGAGAAGGUCACAGCUCUUAGAGAGGAGGUGCAGAAGGAGCUAAAGAGGAGGGAGGAGGUACAGGAGGAGUUGAGGAGGACCAAGAAUGAGUUGACAGUCAUCACAGAGGAGGUACUAAAGGAGGAGAAGGAGCAGGUACAAGAGAAGUUAAUGAGGACAGAGAAGGAGGUGACAGCUCUUAGAGAGGAGGUGCAGAAGCAGCAGAGGAGGAGGGAGGAGGUACAGGAGGAGUUGAUGAGGACCAAGAAUGAGUUGACAGUCAUCACAGAGGAGGUACAAAAGGAGGAGAAGGAGCAGGGACAAGAGAAGUUAAUGAGGGCAGAGAAGGAGGUGACAGCUCUCAGAGAGGAGGUGAAAAAGGAACAAAGGGAGAAGGAGGAGAUGACUGUCCUCAAAGACAAGGUACAGGAGGAGCUGAGGAGGAGCAAGAGGGAGGUGUCUGUACUUAGAGAGGAGGUAGACACAAAACAAAGGGAGAAGAGUGAGGCACAGGAGAAGGUCACAGCUCUUAGAGAGGAGGUGCAGAAGGAGCUAAAGAGGAGGGAGGAGGUACAGGAGGAGUUGAGGAGGACCAAGAAUGAGUUGACAGUCAUCACAGAGGAGGUACUAAAGGAGGAGAAGGAGCAGGUACAAGAGAAGUUAAUGAGGACAGAGAAGGAGGUGACAGCUCUUAGAGAGGAGGUGCAGAAGCAGCAGAGGAGGAGGGAGGAGGUACAGGAGGAGUUGAUGAGGACCAAGAAUGAGUUGACAGUCAUCACAGAGGAGGUACAAAAGGAGGAGAAGGAGCAGGGACAAGAGAAGUUAAUGAGGGCAGAGAAGGAGGUGACAGCUCUCAGAGAGGAGGUGAAAAAGGAACAAAGGGAGAAGGAGGAGAUGACUGUCCUCAAAGACAAGGUACAGGAGGAGCUGAGGAGGAGCAAGAGGGAGGUGUCUGUACUUAGAGAGGAGGUAGACACAAAACAAAGGGAGAAGAGUGAGGCACAGGAGGAGGUCACAGCUCUCAGAGAGGAGGUGCAGAAGGAGCUAAAGAGGAGGGAGGAGGUACAGGAGGAGUUGAGGAGGACCAAGAAUGAGUUGACAGUCAUCACAGUGGAGGUACUAAAGGAGGAGAAGGAGAAGGAGCAGGUACAAGAGAAGUUCAUGAGGAUAGAGAAGGAGGCGACAGCUCUUAAAGAGGAGGUGCAGAAUGAGCAAACGAGGAGGGAGGAGGUACAGGAGGAGCUGACAGUUCUCAGAGAGGAGGUGCAGAAGGAGCAGAGGAGGAGGGAGGAGGUACAGGAGGAGCUGAAGAGAACCAAGAAUGAGUUGACAGUCAUCACAGAGGAGGUACUAAAGGAGGAGAAGGAGCAGGGACAAGAGAAGUUAAUGAGGACAGAGAAGGAGGUGACCGCUCUCAGAGAGGAGGUGCAGAGUGAGCGGAGGAGGAGGGAGGAGGCCCAGGAGGAGCUGACAGCUCUCAGAGAGGAGGUGCAGAGUGAGCGGAGGAGCAGGGAGGAGGCCCAGGAGGAGCUGAGAGGAGUGCAGCAGAGCGUGGAGGUGAUGGCGGUGAACCUGAGCUCCCUGCAGAGUCGGCUGUGUGAUCUGAGUCAGAGCAGGGAGCGAGCCAGGCAGGAGGUGAAGGAGAAGGAGGAGGAGAAGCGGCAGAUGAAGGAGGGUCUGAAGGCUGCUAUGGAGGAGAUGACCCAGCUGAAGCUCCUCCUGCAGGAGAGCCACGCAGAAGGGGAGCGACUGAGGAGCGCUCUGAAGGAGAAGAAGGAGGAGGUGGAGAAGGGCAGAGAGGAGAACCUGCGGACCUUCAGGGAGGAGGUGCUGCGAGAGAGGGAGGAGGAGGAGAGAGGGGAGGUGGAGGAGCUGAGAGCCAGAGCCAAGGCCCUGGAGAGGAGGAGGAAGGAGAUGAUGGAGGAGCUGGAGGAGGCUCGACGGGCGAAGGAGGAGGCAGAGGAGAAGAGGAGGGCGACUGAGGAGUGGUGGAGGAGCAGAGUGGAAGAGAUGGAGGAGGAGCAGAGGGUGAAGCUGAAAGAAAUCCAGGCGCUGAAGGAGAGAGAGGAGGAGACGCAGAAGGAGUGGAGGUCCAGGGUGGAGGAGACGAGGAGGGAGGUGGAGGAGAGUCGGGCCGAGCUGAGCCGGGUCAGAGCCACGCCGGCCAUGUUGGAGGAGCAGAAAACACAGAUCAUCUCGCUGUCUGCUGAGAGAGAGGAGGAGAGAGAGGAGAUGGACGGACAGAGGAGGAGGACGGGAGACCCCACAACAGACAAGGAGAACAGAGGAGGAGGAGGAGAGCAGGAGGAGGACGAGGAGGAGCAGAGCUCCUCUCUGCUGCAGGAGAAAGAGGAGAUCAGGAGGCAGCUGAGGAGCAGAGAAGAGGAGGUGUACGCUCUGACUCAGAGGACGGAGGAGCUGGAGAAAGACAGGGAUCGUGUCCGAUUGGCUCUGGAGCGAACUGAGGCAGCUAUGAUUGGGUACAGGGAAAGAGCCCACCAACAGGAGAAGAGCCCGGGGACGGGGCCUAACCCAGACGAGGUCAGCGUAUCUGUGCAGGGUGUGGGGGACAGACUGGUGGUCCUGCAGCGUCUCGUGGCCGAACUGGAGCUAGAACAGAAGCGACUGAACAGGAGAAACUCUCAUCUGGAAAAUCAGAAAGACAAACUGAAGAGAGACAGAAACACACUGAGAGACACACUGAGACAGGUGGAGGAGGAGCGUUCGAGGUUCAGACAGCAGCUGACUGACAGCAGCAGAUCUCAGUCUGCAGUCACCACAGAAGAAGAACGGCUGAGAAGCAGAGUGAGGGAGCUGGAGGAGCAGGUGAGUCAGCUCCAUCUCUCAUUGGCUGUGGAUCAGCAGCAGAGGGCGGAGUUUAUCCAGCAGUCCUCCAGAAACAGCCAGUGGCUGCUCUCUCUGAGGCACGACCUCACAGACUCGCUGGCCGCCGUCACGCGCCGUCCAGUCCCGUCCGUCCUGGAGUCCGAGACGCAGCGAUUGGACCGCAGCCUGAGAGAGGAGGAGCUUAGGAUGUCCCUCAGCCAAUCGUAACGCCUGAAAAAUGAAAAGUUAAUAAAAAUCUUUUGACCAAAAACUUUAAACCUGAACCUGCUCAGAGACAAUCAGCUGUUUCCGGCUGGUACACAACAGACCUGGUGGACUUACUGAUCACAGGGUUGGUGAUCGGCUCUGUGACUUCUGAACUGGGUCGGUUCGUCCGUCCCCCUUUUUUUCUAGAACUGGUCUCCAAAAUCUGUGGGUCCGUGUAGCGCCGAUGAUGCAGGAUGACAUCACCAAAACCGUCCAAUCUCUGAGUUACCUGUCAGCCUGUGUGACGUGACAUUUGCAGCUGUUGGUUCGUUGGUUAAAAGGACGGGAACCAAAACACCGGACCCGUUAUUCUUUGGUCUGGACCAAAUGGACGGGGCUGCAGGUGUGACAGUCACCCGAGGCCCACGUGGAACAUGUGGUCUGUGUUUCGACCUUCAGGAGGUUUCAUGUGUGUUACUGUACUGUUAUCCACAUAACGUACAGCUCCUGCACGGACUGGAUCGGUACACUAACGGCUGCAGUCGUCGUUUUCACUAUGAAACAGAACCAGAUUUAAAAUUCCUUGAGGUUGUAGACGUUAAAGACGACACGCCGGCUUCAGAGGAACAUCACUGACUCAGUUACUGGACGGCAGUGGUGGAAACAGAAUACAUUUAGUACUGUUCUGUACUGGUAUAAAUACCUCUGAAUACUUCUUCCACCACUGCUGUGCAGACAGACCAGUUCAUGAAACAGAAACCAGUUAGAGGAUCUCAGUUUAAGUGAAACUGCACCAGUUCCUGAUCUGUUAUUGUUACAAAACUCCACAAAAUGUUUACUGAGUUAUUUAUUGUCGUAUUUAUAUUUUAUACUUUCAUUCCUGUCAGACCUCUGAGCCAGUACACGCUGCGUUUCCCAAGAUGCUUCAAUCUGAGCCGACGUCAGAGGUCAGCUGUGCGUUUGUGUAACAAUAAAAACCAAAGAUAGGAUUUUAAA